UUUGUAUUUUUUGUGCUACUUAUACUAGAUCUCGAGUAAGUGUGGAUAGUGUGCAAUAUUGAGGUUAGUUAACCAGGUGCACAUUUCAGUAUGUCAACCGAUAAAAAAAUAUUAAAUGUCACGAAAAAAAUAUCUGAUAUGGAAGUGGAAGAAGUAGGAAAAAAGUUGACUCAUAAAGAAAAGAAAAAAUUAAAAAAACAACAAGAAUAUGAAAAAACGAUGGAAAUGUUAACGAAAACCGGUGGUCAGGGUCAUAGCGAACUUGAAACUAAUUUCACUGUUUCUCAGACUCAAAGUCUACAGCGUGGUAAUCAACAAUUAGAAAAUGCUGUUGACAUUAAGGUAGAAAAUUUCAGUAUUGCUGCAAAAGGAAAAGAAUUAUUUACCAAUGCCAGCUUAUUAAUUGCACAAGGCAGACGUUAUGGAUUGGUAGGACCAAAUGGUCAUGGGAAAACUACUUUACUUCGCCAUAUAGCAAAGCGAGCUUUUGCUAUUCCACCUAAUAUUGAUGUUCUAUACUGUGAACAAGAAGUUAUUGCUGAUGAUACACCAGCUGUAGAAGUGGUACUUAAUGCAGAUGUAAAAUGUAAAGAAUUAAUAGAUGAGUGCAAAAAAUUAGAAGAAUUAGUAGAACAAGGAGAUACUUCUGUCCAAAACAGACUACAAGAGGUUUAUGAGGAGUUAAAAAUUAUUGGUGCAGAUUCUGCAGAACCACGUGCUAGAAGAAUUCUUGCUGGUCUAGGAUUUAGUCGUGCCAUGCAAGAUCGUGCAACAAAAAAUUUUUCUGGUGGUUGGCGUAUGCGUGUUUCUCUUGCUAGAGCUCUUUUCUUAGAACCAACAUUAUUGUUACUUGAUGAACCAACAAAUCAUUUAGAUUUAAAUGCUGUUAUUUGGUUAGACAAUUAUCUUCAAGCUUGGAAAAAAACUUUACUUAUCGUUUCUCAUGAUCAGAGUUUCUUAGAUAAUGUAUGUACAGAUAUAAUUCAUUUAGAUCAACAAAAGUUAUUUUAUUACAAGGGAAAUUAUAGUAUGUUUAAGAAGAUGUAUGAGCAAAAGAAAAAAGAAAUGAUUAAAGCAUAUGAGAAACAAGAAAAACGACUUAAAGAUUUGAAAGCUUCUGGGCAAAGUAAAAAACAAGCUGAAAAGAAACAGAAAGAAGUCUUAACUAGAAAACAGGAAAAAAAUAGAACAAAAAUGCAAAAACAAGAAGAUGACAAUGCACCUACGGAAUUAUUGCAGAAACCUCGAGAUUAUAUAGUGAAAUUUAGUUUUCCUGAUCCACCUCCACUACAACCACCAAUUCUUGGUCUUCAUAAUGUAACUUUUGCUUAUGAAGGGCAAAAACUGUUAUUUAUAGACGUUGAUUUUGGUAUUGAUUUAAAUUCUAGAAUAGCCAUAGUUGGACCUAAUGGUGUCGGUAAAUCUACAUUUUUGAAAUUAUUAAUAGGUGAUUUACAACCUUUAAAGGGGGAAUUGAUAAGAAAUCACAGAUUAAGGAUAGGAAAAUUUGACCAGCAUUCUGGUGAACAUCUAACAGCUGAAGAAACACCGUCGGAAUAUCUCAUGCGUUUAUUCGAUUUGCCAUAUGAGAAAGCUAGGAAACAAUUAGGAACAUUUGGACUUAGUUCUCAUGCACAUACAAUUAAAAUGAAAGAUUUAUCGGGAGGUCAAAAAGCUCGAGUCGCAUUAGCUGAAUUAUGUUUAAAUGCACCUGAUGUUGUAAUUUUAGACGAACCGACAAAUAAUUUGGACAUAGAAUCAAUUGAUGCGUUAGCUGAAGCUAUUAAUGAUUACAAGGGAGGAGUUAUUAUCGUCUCUCACGAUGAACGUUUAAUUAGAGAUACAGAAUGUUGUUUAUAUGUAAUUGAAAAUCAACAGAUAAAUGAAAUUGAUGGAGAUUUUGAUGAUUAUAGGAAAGAAUUACUGGAAAGUUUGGGAGAAGUUAUUAACAAUCCAAGUAUAGCCGCGAAUGCAGCUGUUCUACAAUGAAUAUCUCUCCUUUGUGUAAAAUAGUAAUAUUUUUCAGUGGCCCAUAAAAUUGAUUCCUUCAAAUAAAUAUUUUAUAUAUACAUUA